AGCUUAGAGAAAAUCACACAGUAUGGUACGUUCACGUCGUCCAAAUUAAGCAUUUACUAUCAAGCAAAACGAAUUCAACUGGGAUUUAGCACUCAACCAAUAGCUGAAAUGAAUGAUUUGAGUAGUAAUGCCAUAAGUGAGCUACAGUGUAAAAAGCUUAUUGGUUCUGAAAUACGGCAUGAAAGAUUUCAAAAAUCAGCCAAUAGGAGGAAUGCUCAAAAUUCAAGGGUCACAAAUGAAUUAAAGACAAAAGGUAAGAUUAAAACAAACUAUCCAAAGACUAAAUUGCACACACAACUACAGGGGAUCUUACCCACUGAACAGAUGGAUAGUACUGAAAGUAAACCGAUGGAGAUAAAAGUGGAAUUUCAUGAUCUUGAUCAAGAAGGACAACUAACAAAAGAUGGAGAAGAAGAUAUGGAUAACUUAGAACCUUUACGUUUAAAUGCUCAUCGAAAAUCAAACGAAUCGCUACCAACGCUAUUACAGCGAGCACAAUCAAGUGAUUCACCGUUUUCUAUUGGAGCAGCACAUUCUGGAGCUAAAGAAAAGCCUUCUUUGAAUAAAUUAGCAUCAUAUCGAUUACCAAGUCGUCGACCUAGCGAAAUAUCAGUGAAUGAUUUUCUGUCUAUGCCACCGGUGCUUGAAAGUAUCGAUGCCCAGCGUAGAUCAACUCUUGGUGCAAUCACAGAUGAUAAACAAAAUCCAUCAAGCAGACGUACAAGUAUAACAUCAGAAGAAAACGUUCACAAAGUGAAACAUUCAGCUUCUGAAGAUUGCAACACUCUGAGGAAAUGUUACGAUGGUGAGCAUACUAACGAAGAUCUUUCCAAGGAUCAAGUUUAGUAUGAAAGUAAGCAACAGCGAAGUGAACAGAAAACGUCAUGAGAGGAAUCAAAUAAUUCAAUCGAUUUAUUUAGACGUAACUUUAAAUCAAAUGAAAUCAGUAAUUAUAUUAUUACACAUUUUGUUUUGAUGAAUGAAAUAUCUCAUGAUGUUUACUGAUUUAUUUUUAUAUUAUUUGGAGGCAUAUUUUAUUGUUCAUGUUAGUUAUAACUGAUGUGUCAUUUGUUGAAGGAAAAAUAAUCACUGGUUAAAAUUUGUUUAAUGCAUAAAAAAUAUCAAAACCGAAUUUAACCGUUUU